AUGUCGAUAAGGGAAAACAAAUCAGAGUUGGACUCAUUAAGGGGAUCGAUCGAGGUCGCCGCGCCGGUGCCACAGCCGAGGGACAGCGAGGCCACGAGAAAACUCGAGGCCGACGUGCGAAGGCUGACGCAACAACUGCGGGAGGUCGAGCAAGCCAGCAAGAAGGAAUUGGCAAAGAUGGUGGACAGCUUCAACGCCGCGCAGAGAGGCAACGAGGCCGCGGAGUCCCAGGCGGAGAAGGCGCGGGCGCGGGCGGGCAGAAUGGAGGCCGAGACCAGGCGGCUGCAGCACCACAUAGUCGAGCUUGAGCGCGCGUGCCGCCUUAAGGAGGAAGAGGCUGCAGGGCUGCAGCAACAGGUCAGGGAAUCGAGCAGGGAGCACUCGGACGCCGAGGGGCGAUACAUCCAGGCCAGCAAGCGGUCCAUGCACCUUGAAUCCGACAUGAGCUCCUUGAGGCACCUCCUGGCGGCUGCGGAGGAGAAGAUUAGGGAGAAGGAGCGGGAAGUGGUGGUGUGGGAGGAUCGCGCGCAGCAGUGGGGUAGGCAGCUUAGGGACGCCGAGGAGAGGGCACGCAAGGCAGACAGUAUGGUCGGGAAGGCCGAGUCAGAAGCAGCGCAGGCGAAACAGCGUUUGCUGGAGAUGGAGCAAGACAUCAGGUGA